AUGACUUACGAACCCGAACAUAUAAUUUCUUAUUCGAUUUCAUCGAGUGUAAAUGGUUUCGAUUUACAAUUCACUCGAUGUGACUGCGGUCAAUCUUAUAUAAGUUUUAAAAAUUAUCGCGUAAAUUUUACAACCGCUACAGUUAGAAAUAACGGAAGGUCUCCACAGAGAUGCUUCAUUUUAUUCCGCAACGUUUUACAGGAUUCUGUCACUUCUCUCAACCUUAAAAUCGAAAGGCAGGAUUUAUCUAAGCAUGCAAGUAAUCUAUGGAAACAAUUAAAAUCCAUAGAUAUACCACUAAUAGAUGAGUUUAAACGUAUAGCUCAUCUUGCCGCCCGACAAUUUUACUCAUCAGAAAUUAGAAUAAUUAACGUAACCGUACAAAAUACCUCUGUUGCCGUUCAGCCGAUCGUGAUCAACACUGAAAAUGAUGAAGGUAUUCAAGAGCUCUUGAAAGACCUUUUCCCAGAGACACUUCCUGUGUCUUUUUUGCAUGAUUAA